UACAGUAGGUGGCGGCAUGUACUUAUUACAUCUGUUUGCUGACAGUCAAAAUACCAAAAAAGAAGAAGUAGAAUUGUUAGCUGGCGUGUAUGUGCUAUAUGUUGUUUUUGUUUGCGUUGUUGUGCGAACUCUGUGUUGAGCAGCGGCGGAAGAGAGAGGUAAUAACGGAGGUGCAUAUCUAGUAAGAAUUUGGGUUAUGUAACCUGUUAGACACGUAAAUAUUAAGCAUAUAUAACUGAAAGGCCUAAGUGCUGCUGUGGAACCAUAUGGGUUUGGUAGAAUGACGUUAUGGCUGCGAUCAUGUGUUUUGGCUUCAGGCAGAACCAGUGGACAAACAGCCAAGAUGGACCUAUUUGCAGAUGGAUCUAUUUUAAUAUACCUUGCUGAUUAAAUACAUUACAUUUAACCUUCAUAGGGUGGUCCUGUGAGAAAGAGUCACACCUAUAUUUCUUGACUUUCUUGUGAUUUUUGUCUGCACCUUGACUCCUAUUGCUGCAAGCUACAAAUCUGGAAGAAGGCAAUGCAACCUGAGAACAGCAGCGUUGUUCAAGAUGAUAAUGGAAAGGAAGCAGGAAAAAUGAAUUCUGAUGGAGAAUUUCAGGCAUGUGGCAGCAACGAUUCAUUUCUAGAUUCCAUCUUUGAAGAGGAGUUGGAUCGACUUUUGGACCUGACAAUGACCCAACACACCUACAGGCUAUGUAGGGGCUAUUAAUACCAAGAAGGAGAUUGAUGGAGUGCUGCAUCAGAUGACCUGGCCUCCACAAUCCUCUGACUUCAACCAAAUUGAGUUGGUUUGGGAUGAGUUGGACCGCAGAGUGAAGGAUAAGCAGCCAACAAGUGCUCAGCAUAUGUGGGAACUCCAAGACCUUUGGAAAAGCAUUCCAGAGAUGAGAAUGAAGACCUUCCUUAUCUGACAGAACCUUCAGAGGCUAUGGAGGGGGAAGAAUCCCCUCCCAAUGGAACAGAAGUUACAGAAACUAUAGUGGAGGGUGAAUACCCUAAAGAUGGGACAGAAGUUACAGAGACUGUAGUGGAGGAUGAAUACCCUCCAGAUGGGACAGAAGUUACAGAGACUAGAGGGGGAGAUGACUCCCCUCCAAUUAGGACACGGCUCAGGGUAAGGGGCAUCUCCUCUCGCCCUAAGAUCGAAGCUUCAGAGUCAAGUGAGGAAGAUGGAGAAGACCUUCCCCCUGAUACAGAAGUAAUCGAGAGCAGGGCUUCAAAAAGAACAAAACUCACCUCUAGCCCCAAAGCAGCACCGCAAAGGAAGGCCAGGCCUCCAUCCUCUCCCCCCUGGACACCCAGCCCUGCCAAAUCCAAAAACAGAGCUCAUGCAGCCACACCUCUUUUCAGUGGGUCAAAGAGGAAGUGGAGGACUGAGGAUGAACCAGACCAAGAGCAUAAAUGGUUACCUUUCGAACCAGCUAGGACUCCUGGACCCCAGCUAGACACUUCAAAGAACUACACUGUUCUAGAGCUCUUCCAGCUCUUCUUCAGUAAUGCUGUUGUUGAUACACUCUGCUCAAACACCAACAAGAAUGCCAAGAGAAGACAAGAACAUGGAAUCAAAGAACCAUGGAAACCUGUAUCUGUGGAGGAAAUGUACAAAUACCUCAGCAUUGUAAUCUAUAUGGGUCUGCUGAAUGUACACACUGUAUCAGACUACUGGAAUAGAAACAGAAUAUAUUGCCUUCCUUUUUGUUGUACAGUCAUGACUAUGACAAGAUUUCGGGCAAUCACCUAUUCACUGCACAUGAGUGACCCAGCAGAGGAUGAGGAAAACGACAAGAAGAAGGGGACUGUGGACUAUGAUCGGCUCAUGAGAAUCAAACCUCUAAAAGACCAGAUAUUGGCAGCAUGCAGGGCCUUCUACCACCCAUUCCAGAACCUUUCCAUUGAUGAGCGCAUGGUGCACUCCAAGGCCCGUCACAGCCUCAAACAAUACAUUAAAUCCAAGUCCUACAGGUAUGGAUUCAAGCUGUAUGUUUUAGCAGAUUCAAGAAAUGGCUACACCUGCGACUUCAAUGUCUUUAUGACCAAAAACCCAUCUGCUUCAGGCAAAGGGGAGAGCUAUGAUGUUGCCAUGAACCUGUUGAAGGUGCCUUACUUGGGCACAGGAUACCACAUUUAUGUUGAUAACUUCUUCACCAGCACAACUUUCUUCCGUGACCUGUACAAAAAGAAAUUGGGAGCAUGCGGAACCAUACGUGAAAUCCGUGUGGGCAUCCGAGAGAACCGCAUGCCUGCUCGAGCAGAGAAGGGAACCAUCCGCUGGCUCCGUGAUGGGGAGCUGCUCUUCACCAAGUGGAUGGGCGCACAACCAGUCACCAUGUGUACCACCAUUCAUAAGGCAUUCGCAGGGGAGCAGGUCAAAAUCAGGAAACAGAGCAAAAAUGGAUCCUGGACAACACAGUGCAUACCCGUCCCAGAGGCAAUCAAGCCGUACAACAAGUAUAUGGGGGGUGUGGACCUGUCUGAUUCCCUUAUCAAAUGCUACAGUGUGGCCCACAAAACCAUGAAGUGGUACAAGACCUUCUUCUUCCACUUUAUAGACAUUGCUGUGGUGAACAGCUUCCUCCUGCAGAAGGACAUGGCCCAGAUGAAGAAGAAAAAGCCCAUGACCCACAAGCAGUUCAGGGAGCAGCUGUGCCUGCAGCUUGCUGACAUUGGUAAGCAGGAGGAGGCUGAAGAAGAGUCUUCAGAGGAGGAGGAGGAGGAAGAAGAACAACCAGAAGAAGAGAAGGAAUUGGUGGAAGUGAAGCGACCAUGCUACCCUGUACCCAUAAUUGAUCCUACCACUGUUGACUCCUCUCAAAGAAAAUCUAGCGGCAGGAAGAAAUGUUGUCUGUGCAAGGAAAGCCAGACCAACUGGCAGUGUGAGUCCUGUCAGGUAGCACUCUGUAUGAUACCAGACAGAAACUGCUUCAGAGUAUGGCACAUGAAUAAAAAGGAUCUCGUAGCAGAAGUUUUCAAGAGGCAUAUAAAGUACAACCCAUACCCUACCCAUCCUUGGAUGGAAUAUGGGGGGAAAAAAAUAGAGUUCAAGUCUCAAAAACAGGCCCAGAGUUUCAUUAAAUGCCAUUUUGGCUUGAGGAACAACAGGAAGUAAAACUAUUUUGCUAUCCUGUGCGCACUAAUGAUCAAACCACUAUUGACAUCUCUCAAAGAGAAACCGUGGGCAGGAAGAACUGUUGUCUGUGCAAGACCAACUGGCACUGAGUCCUGUCAGGCGCUGCUCUGUAUGAUAGAAGACAGGAACUGCUUCCGGUUCUGAGGAUGGCAUAGGGCUCAAUAGAAUGUCUCUGGCACAACUUUUCAGUUCCCCUGAUAAUACCAGUGGUCUCAAGUGGGAUGAUGAUUAUGGAAAUGAUUAUUAUUAUGGUUAGGCUUAUUAUUUGUAUUGUUUUAUUAUUUUAGUUUAUUCUAUUAAUAUUUGUGCCCAUGAAUGAUCCCAGCACUCUUAAAAUCUCUCACAGAUGUACUGUACACAUGAAGUGUCAUUUGUGCAAUGAUUAUUUUGCAGAGUUAGUCUUGCCAGAAACUGCUUCAAAAUAUGGAAUGUGAUUAAAGACGAUGAGCAGACUGA